AUGGGCACUCAGGUCCAGAAGCAUUUUGAUCAGCUACCAGACGAGAUGUUCAGUAUCGUACAAGCAACGACAGCAGGCAUUGGUGCACGACUUGGUCGACUGGUCCUGCCUGGUCGUGCCGUGAUAGAGACACCGCACUACCUGGCCAGCACAUCUCGUGGUGUAGUACCUCAUAUUACACCAGACAACUUCGUCCGAAGCACGUCAAUCCAGGGCGUCUACGUAGGACUAGAAGAUUUUCUUGGUGCGAGACGAACACCACCCGUAGCCCCUCCUGCUGCGAACCCAAAUACGGCCGGGACCAUCGCAGUGUGCACUGCUGUAGGCUUCAAAGCACUGCAUUCGGACGACUACAUCGAAGGUGUACAGCAUGUGCAGCCUGAUAUUGUCUUGUCCCUAGCAGACGUACCGUACGGACGUGCUUUAGGCAAUAGGCGGGUGGAGAGGGCCGUCGAUCGUAGCACACAAUGGCUCAACGAUCACGUUGAAGCACGGAGGCAAGCCAGUAUGCCUCAGGCGAAGCUCUUCGCCUCUUUGCUCCCUGUCGCCUGCAGGAACCAAUCUUAUUACAUUGAGUCUGUCAGGGACCAUGCCGCGAAGGAUGUCUCUGGUCUGGUCAUACACGACCUCUCGACCCUCGAGAAUCUACCAAUGGAGCUUGGACCCCUGCCACGCCUAGGAUUCACCUCACCUGCAACUCCUCAAGAAGUGCUCAGGCACAUCAGGCUCGGCAUAGAUGUCUGCACCAUACCUUUCACGAGUGAGGCCACUGAUAACGGGAUCGCCUUGAGCUUCGCCUUCCCAGCUCCAAACGAUGUUUGCCGAGACGAACCACUGCCACUGGGCGUCGAUAUGUGGUCAAUCGAGCACGCAGCCGAUUGCUCGCCACUGACACCGGACUGUGGAUGCUAUGCAUGUACCGAUCAUCACAGAGCAUAUAUUCAACACCUAUUGAGUGCCAAAGAGAUGCUCGCAUGGGUGCUUCUCCAGAUACACAACCACCACAUCAUCGAGUCAUUCUUCCGAAGCAUACGACGGAGUCUAGUAGAAGGAACCUACAAUCGAGACGUCGAAAGAUUUCAGCAAGCGUACGAAAGCCAACUACCCGCAAAGACAGGCGAGGGCCCAAGGGUAAGAGGCUACCAGUACAAGUCAGAAGGUCCAGGAGAACAGCGGAAGAACAGGCCAGCAUACAACACACUCGACGAUCGCAAGGAAGCUGUGGCUGGGUCAAAGAGUGUCAAGCUUGAUGCUGACUCGAACACGCUGCAACAGCAAGGCUUCGCUGAGAAGCAGUUAUGA